AUGAGCAACUAUGCAGAAAUCUUUAACAAUAAAACCAAGGAGGCAAGGAGCUUUCCAGUUGCCACUUUUCUUGAAGUCAUACGAUUCACUCUACAGACGUGGUUUGCCGAUAGGCGUAAAAAAGCAACAAAAGCAAUAAGUGUGUUAGCACCCCUGAUGGAGGCAGAUUUGAAGCAAAUGGCUAUGAAAGAAAAUUUCUUAGAUGUCCAAGUCCUUGGUCAUUAUGAAUUUCUUGUGGUUGAUGGUGAUGGUGAGAUGAACUAUGACACAAAAUCAUGCUCAUGUUGCAUGUUUGAAACCAUUGGGAUACCAUGUGUCCAUGCAUUGGUUGUAGCCAUAAAAAUGAGCAUAAACAUCUACUCAUUGUGUUCCCCUUACUACAUAAUCGAUUCAUGGAGGGACACUUAUAAGGAAACUAUUUACCUUGUAGGUAACGAGGAUGAAUGGGUGAUCCCUGAUCACAUCAGCGAUAUGGUUGUUGGCAUCCUUAUUGAGAAAAACCCUAUAGGAAGGCCGAAGAAGAAGAAAUUGGGUUCCUCUGCUAUUAUUUUGUUGGUUUUGUUCUAA